AUGGAGGGCUCCAAGACGUCGAGCACAACGAUGCAAGUUAGUUUCGUUUGUCAGCGGUGCUGCCAGCCCCUCAAACUCGACACGUCUUUCAAUGUACUGGACCGGGUCACCAUCCACGAACUGAUUGCUCCACUGGUGACUGUCACGCCCAGCAAACAGGCAGAUUGUGCUGAAGGAGACUCAACGUCAGAGGAGACCUUUGUAGAAAACAAGCAAGAUGGCGUGUCAAGAAAAUACAUCCCACCGGCACGGAUGAUGUCCACAGAGAGUGCAAACAGCUUCACUUUGCUAGGAGACGCUUCCGAUGGUGGUACUAUGGAAAAUCUAAGCCGCAGACUCAAGGUGACAAGUGACCUGUUUGACAUCAUGUCCGGUCAGACUGAUGUGGACCACCCACUGUGUGAGGAAUGUACCGACACUCUGCUGGACCACCUGGAUACACAGCUUAACAUCACUGAGAAUGAAUGUCAGAAUUACAAGCAGUGUCUGGAGCUCCUCUCCCAGCUGCCAGUGGAGGACGAGGAGACGCUCUUGAGCGAGCUGCAGCAUCUAAAGGAGGAGGAGGCGGCGCUAGUGCAGCAGCUGGAGGCUGUGGAGGAGCAGCGGGCCGGCGUGGCCCAAGAGCUCACGCAGAGCCGAGCGCAGGCUCAACAGCUGGAGACUGAGGAACUGCAAUACCAAAAGGAGUACAGUGAGUUCAAACGCCAACAGCUGGAACUAGACGACGAACUGAAGAGCGUCGACAACCAGAUGCGUUACUGUCAGAUUCAGCUGGACCGACUCAAGAAAACCAAUGUCUUCAAUGCCACUUUUCACAUCUGGCACAGCGGGCAGUUCGGCACCAUCAACAACUUCCGACUGGGUCGACUUCCCAGCGUGCCAGUAGAAUGGAAUGAGAUCAAUGCAGCUUGGGGGCAAACAGUGUUGCUGUUGCAUGCAUUGGCUAACAAGAUGGGGCUGCGUUUUCAGAGGUAUCGCCUUGUGCCAUAUGGAAACCAUUCCUACUUGGAGUCCCUUAUAGACAAGUCAAAGGAACUUCCACUGUAUUGUUCAGGUGGCCUGAGGUUCUUCUGGGACAAUAAGUUUGACCACGCAAUGGUGGCUUUCCUGGACUGCGUGCAGCAAUUUAAAGAUGAGGUGGAAAAAGGUGACACUGGCUUCUGUCUUCCAUACAGGAUGGACGUCGAGAAGGGCAAGAUUGAGGACACUGGUGGAAGUGGCGGCUCCUACUCUAUCAAGACGCAGUUUAACUCUGAGGAGCAAUGGACAAAAGCGCUUAAGUUUAUGCUCACCAACCUUAAAUGGGGGUUGGCUUGGGUUACUUCACAGUUCUACAACAGAUAA